AUGGAGUCGAUAUAUCUUCAAAAGCAUCUUGGGAAAUGUCUAACUCAAGGUCUUGCAGAAGUGGCAAAACAUCGCCCAGUGGAUCCGAUAGAAUAUCUAGCAUUGUGGAUUUACAAGUAUAAGGAAAAUGUGACCAUGGAGGAACUGAGACAAAAGGAAUUAGCCGACCUGAAGCAUGAAAGAGAACUAGCCCGGCUGGAGCAGGAGCGGCAGGAGAGGCUCAGAGCGGAGGAACUCCUGUUUCAGCAGCAACAGCUGGCCAUACAGAUGGAGUUAGAAAUGCAAGAGAAAGAGAAGCAGAGAAUAGAACAACUGAGAAUUCAAGAACAAUUAGAGAAGAUGAGAAUGAAUCUGGAAAAUAUAGCUAAGGGUGAAGGUGGUAUACUUUCAGAGGAGGCAGCAGCAACAGCAGCCGCUGAAGCAGCAGCCAAGACGCUGGCGGAGAUCAGUGACCGCUAUGGGGCGCCUAACCUGAGCCGGGUGGAAGAGCUCGAUGAGCCGGUCCUGUCGGAUGUUGCAUUAAACAUCGAUCAAGAUUUGUAG